AUCAGUGGGGUGAGUCGUGUUUGCUCUUUCAUAUACCCCGGCGGACACUCCACACGAACUGAGUUCUUCUUCUGAGCAGUUCCACCAGAGAAAUUGAAGUUUCUUCCAUGCCCUACUGGAGGUUCCAUUCCAAACGAAAGCAGCUACAUAUACGAAAAGAUGGAUGUGCUUCAAAAGAGAGCGUUGUUGAUUAAACCAUCUUACAAUGAAGCAAACAGGCUAAACGGCACCGAGAAUGACGUCCAGAACGUGAAAAAGGUUUUAACUGGAAAAUUUGAUUUUAAAGAAACAGCUAUCAAGGUAUUAAAGGACGAUCAAGCGACCAAGAAGAACAUCCUAAAAGAGCUCAGUGAGCUCACAGAGUCAUGCGAGUCCCAUAGCGUAGUGCUGGUGUAUUAUACUGGUCAUGGGACAUAUCUAGAAGAUUCACAGGAUGAGGGACUGUGUCCUACUGUUUCCCAAUGCCAAACAGAACCAGAGGAACCAAAGGAAGAGCGCUGUAUUACAGGACAAGACCUGAGUCCUUUCUUUGAAGCAUUAAGCAAAAAAAGUGUUUAUUGUACAGUGAUAUUCGACUGCUGCUACUCUGGUCACCUAUAUCGCGACAAAGAAGAAGAAGGAGUGAAAAUAAAACAGCUACGUACAAAACCCAGCGCAACAGCGUCCAAGCAUAAGAAAUACACCAAGGCUGAUCGAGGGGGAUGGAUACCUGGCGACAAAGAUAAUUUCUUUUACUUUGCGGCAUGUACUUCCGACGAGUUGGCUAAGGAGAAAAAGGAAGGGGGAUACCUGACCUUGGCUAUUGCUGAUACAUUAGACAAGCUCCAAUACCUCGAUCAAGUCACUUAUGAAGCUUUCUAUAGACUACUGAGAAAAGAGUUUCGUGAAAAAAAUUGGCAUAACGUGCAGACGCCUCAGUUCGAAGCAGGGAAUUUCAAAACAGUGCUAUUUGGAACCUCUCAAGUCGAGCAGGCCGAAGGAGGAGUAGAGAUCUCUGAAGUUAUUUCUACCGAAGAAUUCGUCCUUAGUUCUGGGUCCGUGCAAGGUUUGAGAUCAGGGUGUUACCUCGUCUAUAAAGCAACUGCAUCAGAGCAGAGUAUCAAGAAAGGAUCCUCGUCCCCAGAUUAUUUGGGUACUAUUGCUGUCAAGGAAAGUCAAAUUCAAAGCACACAUGCAAUUGGAUCGUCAGAUAGACCUCAACCUAAGAUUACUUGUGGUUGUCUUGCAUAUCUUCAAGCAGCAGCGCGUGUCAAACGUAGCGUGUAUUUCUCUCCGGCACCUUUGGAUAUGACAAUUAAAGAGCCUCUGAUCUUAGAGCUAAAUAAAAGUGAUAUGUUUACUGUAGUCGCAUAUCCUCCAACAGUAACGGUUAAUGACCCAGACCCGAUCGGCAUUACCUGUGAGACCAUUAAAAGUAAAUCAUGCUGGGUCGCUCGUCGAAGUAAUAGAAUCCUCGUACCACCGAUCAGUGUCGACCGUGAAAGCAUUAUGGCUAAAAACCUAUGUCGAUAUAUAAGAUACGAGACAAUAUUUGACAAGGCUCAGCCGCCAAAGGACGAUGCAAGCCUGCUCAAAAAUGUGAAUCUAAAGGUGUUUAAGGUAGAAAACGUGAAAUACAACAACAAGACGAGAAGUAGUGUGAUCGCUAAGGAACUGCAGAAUAGGAACAAUGUUGAGAUUACUACAGUCAAAGAUCGAGAAGUCAUUUUCAAAGCUCAUGAACCGGACGGCAAAGGAAUCAAGCCUGGCUCUGGUGAUUCGUUCCUAUACCAAGUUAUAAACAAAAACGACACUGAGAUUCACAUAUGUGUCAUCCUGUAUCAAUGUGAUGGGGAAAUUAAAGCCAUUUAUCCUAGGAAAAAGGGAGGCACGACCCUUCUUCGGCGAAAUGAUACUGCUGAAGAUAUCGCGCCUCUUUUUAUACCUGACGGCUGCGCAAGAGCCAUGGCGGAGCCAGAUCCUGCUAAAGAGGAACCGCAAACGAUCUCAGACACAUUGGUACUGUAUGCAAGCACCAAACCAGUGAGCUAUGGUGCAAUUUUGCAGUCGGCUAUACAGACAGACCCUGAUCUUUCCAGAGGUGCAGCUCCAAAUUCGGGUCCUUUAAGCGAGUUGGAGGAUUUCCUAAAUAUUAGAAUGAGGCCUAUACCUAAUUUUGCAGAUGAGGAAGGGAUGAAGUACACGAUCAAGAAAGUACAAAUCUUCACCAGGAAACACAAUUCACCAUAAAUACCAUCGCAUCACGUGAUCAAUUAACACGUGAAAAGUUUUAACCAAUCAUGAUCAGGAUCGUCUGAUCACGGGACCCACGUAUAUCAAUCAUUUCAACUUUGCUUGAUUUUUGAUAAUAAUGUGUUUUAGUUUUUAAAUGAAAUAUACUCGCAUGGAGCACUCGCACAAAAUACGAAAAAAAUGUUUUACUCGGUAAAUUAUCGUUGUGCAGUAUAGCUGUAUUCUCAACCAUUUAUAAUUAUUACAAGCCUUUUGCAUCACUCAAUCAGUCACAUCAAGUAGUUUAAUAAAAACGUGCACCAAACAUAUCAAAAUAAACAUCAUAAAAAUCCAAAAA